AUGCCUAAAAGACAGGCUUCCGAAGCACUAGAAGAGUUUGAUGUUGGUUCGCCUGCAUCGAAAAGGUCGCGGUUCGACGAUGGCCCGGAACUGAAUGGCAACAGCGCUUCGCCCUCAGACGGGAGACUCGACGAUGCUUCUACCUUUCGUGAUGACGGUGAUGACGGUUUCGAAGAUGAGCCUUCAAAGGCGCCGAUACGACAGUCUGCCCCUACGGCAGGGUACGACGACCUCUAUCUAGAUACCAUCGAUCGCAACGUACUCGACUUCGACUUCGAGAAGCUAUGCUCCAUCAGCUUGUCAAAUAUAAACGUCUACGCAUGUCUAGUCUGUGGGAAAUACUUCCAGGGUCGAGGUCCCAAAUCGCAUGCGUAUUUCCACUCUCUCGAUGUCGGACAUCACGUAUUCAUCAACAUGGAGACGCAGAAAGUUUACGUGUUACCAGAAGGUUACGAAGUGAAGAGCAAGUCGCUGGACGAUAUAAAGUACGUAUCCGAUCCGAGAUACACGAAGCAAGAGGUGAUGGAGUUAGAUCGUAAGGCUCGGACCGCGUGGACGUUGGAUGGGAAAGAAUAUACGCCUGGGUUUGUAGGGAUGAACAACAUUAAGGAGAACGACUAUCUCAAUGUUGUAGUACAGGCAUUAUCUCACGUCUCGCCCCUGCGAAACUACUUCCUGCUAGAAAAUCUAUCGUCGCGCACGGAGCUCGUGAAGCGCUGUGGAAUUUUAUUUCGAAAGAUAUGGAACCCCAGAGCCUUCAAGAAUCACGUAUCGCCUCACGAACUGCUGCAGGAGAUCUCGCUGAGGUCGAACAAGAAGUUUACAUUGACGAACCAGUCGGAUCCUGUCGAAUUUUUAUCAUGGUUUCUUAAUAAUUUGCACCUAGGCUUGGGUGGGAGUAAAACGAAGCCGGGGAGUAGCAUUAUACAACGGAUAUUCCAAGGAAAGCUCAAAGUCGAGUCGCAAGCCAUCACGGCCAAGGCAGACGCCGGUGAUCGCUUGCGAUUUGAAGAGGCAGCUGAAGUUAAGACGGAUAUCAACCGCUUCUUGCUCUUGACCCUCGACCUACCCCCUGCGCCUCUAUUCCAAGACGAACUGGAGCGCAACAUCAUUCCUCAAGUUCCUCUAACGACCAUUUUAACGAAAUAUGAUGGCGUGAGGGCGCAAGAACACUUGGCACAAAGGAAACGAUACCGACUCAUGCACCCGUUACCGCCAUAUCUUACCUUCCACAUUAAACGCUUUUCUACAAACAAAUUUGUAUCGGAGCGGAACCCAACAAUUGUCACGUUCGACGCACGUGUCGGCCUCGACGUAUCACCCUACGUAGAACCAAACCCAGUAGAUCAUCCGCCGGGGGAGCCUAUCUGGUACGAUCUAGUCGCGAACGUCACACACGAAGCUGUCAAGGCAAAAGAGGACGUAGCGGAUUCGGGAGAGGAACGGAAGACGUGGAAGGUCCAGCUCAAGGAUAAAGGGAGAGACGAGUGGGUGGUGUGCCAGGAUCUUUUCGUGGAAAAGACACAGAAGGAACUGCUGUACCUUGGGGAGUCGUAUCUGCAGAUAUGGGAAAGGCGGCGCGAUCCGAAGGGGAAACGUAAAGCGUAA